GAGCUUGAAAAGAAAAUAACUCCACAAAAUCUCUUCCAUUUUAACUUCACCUGAAUCUUCCCCUCUCUCCGAUCGACGGUGGCCCCGCCCCAGCCUCACAUAAUGGCUUGGGUACUGACUCUCGCCAUCCUCUUCUUCACCACCGCCGUCUCCGCCGCUGUAUUUCGAUCCAAUUCUCCGGAUUACCAUUCGCUUACGUUUCUCAAUAACACCAGUACCACAGGCAACGCCAUGAUCCUGCCCCUCUUUUUCAAGCAGCACGCCCUCAAGGAUCACUUUUUCACCCGACGCCAUCUCCACGCAAGCACCAUCCCCAAUGCUCGCAUGCCUCUCCAUGACGAUCUCCUCCUUAACGGCUAUUACACCACUCGCCUCUGGAUCGGGACUCCGCCGCAGCGUUUCGCCCUCAUAGUUGAUACUGGCAGUACUGUUACUUAUGUUCCUUGCUCCACUUGUGAACAGUGUGGAAAGCAUCAGGAUCCGAAGUUCCAACCGGAAUCGUCAAUCACAUAUGAACCUCUAAAGUGCAACAUUGAUUGCACUUGCGAUACUGAUAGAGAACAAUGUAUUUAUGAAAGACAAUAUGCUGAAAUGAGUUCGAGCAGUGGGGUCUUGGGAGUAGACAUAAUAUCAUUUGGCAAUCUAAGUGAUCUACAACCGCAACGAGCUACUUUUGGAUGUGAGAAUAUGGAAACAGGGGAUCUUUACAGCCAACAUGCUGAUGGGAUAAUGGGUUUAGGUCGUGGAGAUCUUAGUAUCGUGGAUCAGCUUGUUGAGAAAGGUGUAAUCAGUGAUUCAUUCUCGUUAUGCUAUGGUGGAAUGGAUGUGGGUGGUGGUUCAAUGGUUCUUGGAGGAAUUUCCUCCCCUAAGGAGAUGGUUUUUUCAAAUUCCGACCCUGUUCGCAGUCCAUAUUACAAUAUAGAGCUGAAUGAGAUUCGUGUUGCUGGGAAAAAGCUGCCCCUAAAUCCCAAGGUUUUUGAUGGCAAACAUGGAACUGUUCUGGAUAGUGGCACAACCUAUGCUUAUCUUCCACAAGCUGCAUUUGAGGCCUUUAAAGCAGCUAUUUUGAAGGAAACCCAAUCCCUCAAAAGAAUACAAGGGCCUGACCCUAACUAUAAUGAUAUCUGCUUCUCAGGCGCUGGAAGUGAUGCUGCACAACUUUCAAAAGCUUUUCCAUCCGCUGAAAUGGUAUUUGGUAAUGGACAAAAGCUGUUGUUGGCCCCCGAAAAUUAUCUGUUCAGGCACUCGAAGGUCCAUGGUGCAUACUGUCUUGGGAUCUUCCAGAAUGGAAAGGAGUCAACCACUCUUUUGGGAGGUAUAAUUGUCCGAAACACACUUGUAACAUAUGACCGUGAGCAUGAAAAGGUUGGUUUCUGGAAAACCAAUUGCUCCGAGUUAUGGGAGAGACUUCACUUAUCGCCUGCCUCACCACCUCUUCCUUCCGACACGGAUGGGGUGAACUCAACCACGGGCAUGGCUCCUAAACUUGCCCCAUCUGGACCGCCUCAACCCCAAACUCCAGGUGCAGGAGAUGUUAAAAUUGGCUUUAUAAAAUUCUCUAUGUUGUUGACCAUCAACUACACGGAGCUGAAGCCUCACAUCCCGGAACUUGUUCAGUCAAUUGGAAAGGAUUUAGACGUUAAGCCCUCUCAGGUUCAGUUGACGAACUACACUGCUGGGGUGAAUGAGACACUGUUAAAAUGGGCUAUUUAUCCAGCACAAUCUGAUGAUUAUAUCUCCAAUAGUACCGCUAUGAAAAUUUUAUCUAGGUUGAGUGGAAAUGAGUUGCAUCUCCCUGAUAGUUUUGGAAGCUACAAAUUGUCUGGAUGGAGCAUGGAGCCACCACCUGAGAGGACAUGGUGGAAACAGCAUUACUUGGCUUUGGUCAUAGCAUUUUCUGUAGUGGUUGUAAUUGGACUAGUGGCAUCUGGGGGAUGGUUUAUCUGGAGGAGGAAGCAGAGCCAGGCUGAAGUCCCGUACAAACCGGUUGAUUCGGUUGUAGCAGAGCAGGAACUCCAGCCUUUGCAGAACUAGAGAAGUGAAUUUUGGUUUGAUACUCAGCUUGUGCUACUGACUAGUACUCCAGUACCUCUGAUUCGUUUUGCUCUGUAGCAAUGGGAUUCAUUAUAAGGUGAAAUUGUAGCUUAGAAAUUGAAGGCAGCAACACCCUUGCGAUGUGUCCAUGUCUGUGUAUAGCAGAAUUUCAUCACAGAAACCACUGCCAUUACGGUGAAUUCUUGUUUUUAUAAAUUUAGAAUGUUUAGUGACAGGAACAUUUUUAUACAGGACCACAGCAUCUAUGAAUAAGUAAUGUUGAAAAACAUUUCCGAUGGCA